AUGGACCCAAAAACAGUGUUACUUAAAAUAGCAGAUCUUGGAUUGGCACGAGCAUUUACUCUACCAGUGAAGAAGUACACUCAUGAGGUAAAGUGUCAUGCAAAUACAGUUGCAGAUAUGAAGUUGUCAUUAACCAUGGCAAAGGACAGUUUUGUGGAUUUGUCAUUAACCACAAACGUUAUACUAACAUUGUUGUAUGGUACAGAGCUCCUGAGGUCCUUCUUGGGGCUACCCAUUACUCUACAGGAGUGGACAUGUGCUGAACUAGUCACUAAGCAAGCGUUUUUCCCUAGAGAUUCUGAGCUGCAACAGCUGCUAAAAAUUUUCAGAUUGUUGGGCACUCUGAAUGAAAAAGUCUGGCCAGGAGUAAGCAAGCUAAUGAACUGGCAUGAACACCCCAAAUGGAGGCCUCAGCCAGUGUCAUCAGCGGUGCCUAAUUUGGAUGAGGAUGGCCUAGACUUGUUAUUUGUUAGGUUUGAUUGGUUUUACAAGUGA